AUGCACUCCAGCCCCGACGCCGUCCCUGACCCAGAGACCCCCUGGCAGCCCGCGCCCUGCGCCCGACGAGGCGUCGUGGUGGGGCUCUUGGUCACUGGCGCCGUCGUCGUGGUCGUCGCUGCCGCCGCCGCCGCCGCCGCCGCCUUCGUCGUGGUCCGUUACUGGGCAGUGCAGGGGAUCCCCGCCUCGGCCGGCCCGGCGCCCACCCCGAUACAACGCGGGGGCCCCGAGUUGCCGCCCGACGACCCGCAGCAGCAGGGCUUUCCUCUUUUCGGACAGCUGGUGGCCGAAGACGUUCUGCUGACCGACGGGCCACUGGGCUGGUACAGCGACCCGGGCCUGGACGGCGUGUCCCUGUCGCCCGGCGUGAGCUACGAUAAGAACGCGCGGCAGCUUGAGGUGACCGAGGCCGGCGUCUACUACGUCUUCUUGCAAGCCGAGCUGCGACGCGUGGCCGUCCUCCCGCGUCCCGGCUCGGACUCGGGCUCGGUCUCGUUGGCACUGCACCUGCAGCCGCUGCGCACCGUCGCCGCCGCCCCCAACGCCCCCGCGGGGCCCGCCGCUCUGACUUUGACCGUGCACCUGCCGCCCGCGUCCUCCGAGGCCCCGCACUCGGUUUCUGGUUUCCGAAGCCGCCUGCUGCAUCUGGGCCCCGGCCAGCGCCUGGGCGUCCACCUGAGCGCCGGGCCCGAGGCGCACCAGUACUGGCAGCUGGACCAGCGCGCCACGGUCUUGGGCCUUUUCCAGGUGGCCACCGAAGUCCCAGCCGCACUCCCCUCGCCGAGGCCCACGUGACCCCCAGCCUGGGUGCUGCCCCCCUGGACAGAAUCCCCUUCCGGUCAUAGCUCAUAGUUGUGGCCCCUGGUGCUGGCAGGGCCCCUCUACCUCAAGGGGCUGGGCAGGGGUCCCCGCUGCUAACACCUCCUCGAGGGCUCUCCCCUACCCACCCCUGCCCCAAG